AUGGCAGGAGAGAAUCAGAGCAGUAGCUUUGAGUUCCUCCUCUGGGGACUAUCAGAGCGCCCAGAGCAGCAGCGCCUUCUCUUCCUGCUAUUCCUGUGGAUGUACGCCAUCACGGUGGCUGGGAACCUGCUCAUUGUCCUGGCCAUUGGUGCUGACACCCGUCUCCAUACUCCCAUGUACUUCUUCCUUGCCAGCCUGUCCUGUGCAGACAUCUUCUUCACCUCUACCACGGUGCCCAAGGCCCUGGUGAACAUCCAGACCCAGAGCAGGUCCAUCUCCUACGCGGGAUGUCUGGUGCAGCUCUACUUCUUCUUGACCUUUGGAGACAUGGACAUCUUUCUCCUGGCCACCAUGGCCUAUGACCGCUAUGUGGCUAUUUGUCACCCCCUCCAUUACAUGACCAUGAUGAGCCGUGGGCGCUGCGUGUUCAUGGUGACUUCCUGUUGGGUCCUUACAAAUCUCGUUGCCAUGACCCACACGUUCCUCAUCUUCCGGCUCUCCUUCUGCUCCAAGAAGAUCAUUCCAGACUUCUUCUGUGACCUGGGGCCCUUGAUGAAGGUCUCUUGCUCUGACACCCGAGUCAAUGAGCUUGUGCUUCUCUUCUUGGGAGGGGCAGUCAUUCUAGUCCCCUUCUUGCUCAUCUUGGUUUCUUAUAUCUGCAUUACUCUGGCGAUCCUUCGAGUCCCUUCUGCACGGGGAAGGCUCAAGGCCUUCUCCACCUGUGGCUCCCACCUAGCUGUGGUUACCCUAUUCUUUGGGACAGUGAUCAGGGCCUAUCUGUGUCCCUCAUCCUCUUCCUCCAACUCCGUGGUAGAGGACACGGCUGCUGCUGUCAUGUACACGGUGGUGACGCCCCUAUUGAACCCCUUCAUUUACAGCCUGCGGAACAAGGACAUGAAAGGGGCCCUGCUUAGACUUCUCAGGGGCAAAAUUUCCUUCUCCUGUGGCCCGUAA